AUGUCGAGCCAACAAAGUCCGAUCCGCGCCUUCGUGCCUCGCUACUGUCGCGCUCACAGCACCGACAUCGUAUUUGUGCGUCAAAAAGACGGAAAGUACGCAAAGUACAUGUUCGACGUGCAUUCGUCCUGUUUCAUCGCCUUCACAUGUCUGGAUUGCCAUCUCGAGACCACCGAAACCGAUCUGUUUCCGCAGUACGCCGUGUGGGCGAACGCACUCUCCCGCUACGUGAUUUUCUCGAAAAACGCGACGAACGGCCAGAUGGAACAGUACGUGUACAACGCAAAGUUUGCCGGUUUCGAGCAAGUGCAUCGCCCGGAACUCGUUUUCGACGCCGACCGCAUUCAACAGUCGAACGUCUUCUUCACCGUUUCGGGGCCCGACAACACGAGCGUCACGAUUAUUCUGCGCGAUCCUCGCGGGUUUUUCCGCAAAGAACAGUACAAUAUGCGGACGGAGCGAUACGAAAUUCUCCCGAUUUCGCCCGUCAAACUGCUUCCCAUGCCGACACCGCUUGCCGGGAAAAUGUGAGAAAUAUAAAUACAGAAAAACUGGACUUUUGUCAAAAAGUCUUAUGACCCACUUAAUUAAUUAAUUAAUUCGUUUAUUCAUCGCAAGGAAGGAAUUACAAUUUUUGACGAUAGCAUUCCAGAAGGGGACAGUUUUACUAAAGAAAUUAGGACAACUUGCAAUUAUCCGAUCGGACCCAAUCUUUGCAGGCUUCUUGGACUUGGAUUGAAGUAUAUUGAGUGUGAGUUUGAGACCAAUCGGAUCAGCAAUUUUCGCAAAAACCCGGCCUUUUCGGCCUCUGACCCACAUAUCUCGGGACCAGAUGAUCCGAUCGGUCUGAAACUUGGACCCAAUAUACUUCGAUCCAAGUCCAAGAGGCCCGUAGAGUUUGCCCAGCCCUUAUUAAAAACUAAUUUUUUUUUCAUUUUUUCCAGGAAAACGCCGAUCACGUUCGGAACGGGCUCGCUGAAAGUGUCGGGCUUCGGCACGAAAUCCAGAAACCCCCCUCCGAAAUUGCAUGUUCCGCCGCCCCGCCCACUCAUGGAAACCCCUGUGACGCGGUUGAAUUACCAGAAACCAUUCGAAAAACAAACAGACAAUAGCUUUCCGGAUUCGCCGAAACUUCCGCUUGAAUUGUGGGUCCACGCAUCAGCGCACCAGACGGUGAAGGGCUUCGAAAAAGAGGAAAUCGGAGAAAAAGAGGAGGAAAAUGCGGAGAGAAUCGACGAAAUCGCAAAAUUGAUAGAGGGUCUGAAGUCGGAGUGGGAGGACGGCUCCAAGGCCAACGUUAAGCUCUAUGAUAGUCAGUUUCAGGCGACAUUUUUUAAAAAAAUUUGAAUUCCUUCAAGUUUUCAUCCGUGUUUUUUCCAGUGCGAACAAUUGAGGACAAUUCGAAUCGGCAAGUGGGAAAACUGUACGAUUUGAGCAAAUCUCGCGUGAAUGGACAAGGUAUUUUUCGGGGAAAUGCGAGAAAUUGAAUAUAUUUCGAGUUUUCAGACGCGGAAGCGAUCCGUGUGAUCGCGUCGAAAAUGGGAAAUCCGUCGGGAACCGGAAGACAUCGCCACAUCGAUUCGACGUCUUCCGAAGGCGAUCUCAUCGAUUUUGAAUUCGUCUGA